UCGCUCUGCUCUCCGGCCGGGCUGGCGGAGUUAGGCUGGAGCGGAGCAGCGGCCGGAGACGCCCCCCCCUCUUUUUAUUCUAUUAUUAUUAUCAUCCUUAUUAUUAUUAUUAUUAUUCCUCUUUUUUUCCUCUCCCCCCUUCUUUUUUUCUUCCCGCGUCCCAACUGUUGCCCGCACCUCCUUCUGCAUGGUGGACAUUAUUUUCCCUUCCCCUUUUGGAGGCGCGAUGGGGGAUCACGCCAAAAAGAAAGCCGGGACGGCCACGUGCGUGGGCUGCGGGAGCGAAAUCCACGACCAGUACAUCCUGAAGGUCUCGCCCGACCUGGAGUGGCACGCGGCCUGCCUGAAGUGCGCGGACUGCAGCCAGUACCUGGACGAGACCUGCACCUGCUUCGUGCGCGACGGGAAGACCUACUGUAAAAGAGAUUACAUCAGGCUCUUCGGCACCAAGUGCGCCAGGUGCGCGGGCGGCUUCAGCAGCAGCGACCUGGUCAUGCGCGCCCGCGGCCACGUCUACCACCUGGAGUGCUUCCGAUGCGCCGUCUGCAGCCGGCAGCUCCUGCCCGGGGACGAGUUCGCGCUGCGCGACCGCGAGCUGCUCUGCCGCGCCGACCACCGCCUCCUGCGCGAGGGCGCCGCCUCGGCCGAGAGCCCCCCGCGCAGCCCCGGACACCUGCCGGGCGCCAGGCCGGGCCCGCUCCCGCUGCCAGACGCGGUGCCCGGGCGGCAGCCCUCGCUGCGUUCCCACGUGCACAAGCAGGCGGAGAAGACGACCCGGGUGCGGACGGUGCUGAACGAGAAGCAGCUUCACACGCUGCGCACCUGCUACGCGGCCAACCCGCGGCCGGACGCGCUGAUGAAGGAGCAGCUGGUGGAGAUGACCGGGCUGAGCCCACGCGUGAUCCGCGUCUGGUUCCAGAACAAGCGCUGCAAAGACAAGAAAAAGUCCAUCCUCAUGAAACAGCUGCAGCAGCAGCAGCACAGCGACAAGGCAAGUUUGCAGGGCUUAACUGGGACGCCCGUGGUUGCUGGCAGCCCCAUCCGCCACGACAGCGCCGUGCAAGGCAGCGCGGUAGAGGUGCAGACGUACCAACCCCCCUGGAAAGCUCUCAGCAAUUUUGCUCUGCAGAGUGACUUGGAUCAGCCUGCCUUCCAGCAACUGCUCUCCAUUUCUGAAUCCGGCUCCUUAGGCAACUCAUCAGGCAGCGACGUCACCUCUUUAUCGUCCCAGCUCCCCGAUACCCCCAACAGCAUGGUUCCUAGUCCAGUGGAAACGUGAGAGCGUCUUUUGAACGCCUGACCUCAAGGACAUUCUGCAUGUUUUCUUUGCUUCUUGCAUGAGAACUGAGCGCUACGGCAACACAACCUGUUAAAUUAUUCUCUUUAUUUAAAAACCCGGCUCCAUCUUGUCUUCUGUCGGACCGUCCGUGGCUGGAAGUCUUCCGGGGGUUCCCCUGACUUUGCCAAGCAGGGAGGGGGGGAAAAGGAGUCCAACUUCCCAGGAAUUCUGGUCCUUCCUCCCCCCCUCAAAUACCUCUGGAUUAUACUCGAAUGAGACUCAGAUCCUGGUCUUGUAGUUUUAGAAGAUGGCUUUUUCCGUUUUCCUGUUAUUUUUCCUCAACGGAAGGAAAUCAACUCAACGUGGAAUGGCGUAGGGCCAUCCAGAUGGACCCCAACAUCUGUUGCCUUCAUCUCAACCGGUUCUGGAUGCCCAUCGCCAACUCUCUUGUGGCUUCCUUCUUCCCAAUUGCCUGGAAAAACCUGGAACUUUUUCUGUCUCCGUUUUUUUUGGGUGGUCCCAAAAGAGGAGAUUUGUGUUCUUUUUUUCUCACUCUUUCUCUCUUCCUGAGCCCGCAUGCUUGCUGGAAAAAUUCCAGCAGGACUUGUGUGUCUGGUCCAAAACAACCCCCCCCCUUCCCCAUUGCCAGUGUUAAAUUAUCUUGUGGAUGGAAGGUGUGUGGUUCUUUCUCAGCCUUUGCAGACCAAAGUAAGUUAUUGUUAUUUAUUAUCGCGCAGCAGCAGUGGAGUUGAGAAUUUGACCUCAAAAAUAAAAGAACAAAU